CGGAGCAAAGUGUUCCGCGGGAGAGAAGCCGUGCGUGCGCAGACAUGGCUGCAGUGUGAUGAAGCUGGAGUAUCGGACUGAACUUUGAGGAGAGACACGAACCAAAAUAUUGAUCCUAUCAAGUUAGCGUCGAUUCGACACCAGUACAAACGCCUGUAUCCGUUCUAUCGCUGUUUGGAUCGAUCCGCUCAGCCUCAGUUGAGCAGCAAUGUGUACAGUUCAGAACCUGAGAGAGUUCAUCAAGGAGAGACUCACUGCUGUUUGCGAAGAAAUCUUCUCAGAGGUUCAAAAAACCAUCGCCCAUUAUGAGGAGGAGAUCAGCCGUCAGCGCAGACUGCUGGAUAUCAGCCGGAAACCCGACACAAACUCACACAUCACAGCCCUCCCACAACCCCAUAACCGUGAGAAAGAGCACAGUCUGGAUGAACAGCAGGUCUGUAACCAGGAGACGAACUCCAGUCUGGAUCAGGAGGACCCAGAGCCUCCACAGAUUAAAGAGGAACAGGAGGAAGUCUGCAGCAGUCAGGAGGGAGAGCAGCUUGGACUGAAGCAGGAGGCUGAUGACAUCUGGACUGAUGAAGAGCAGCACAGACUGCUGGAGACCAUCUGGAAACCUGAGAUAAAGUUAUACAUAAUAGACCUCCAGGAGGAACUCUGCAGCAGUCAGGAGAGAGAGCAGCUUGGACUGAAGCAGGAAAGUGACCACAGUCAAUCGGAACCAAACAGUGAGCAGCUUCUUUCUCACAGCUCUUCUGUAGCAGAGAGAAAAGAUGAGGAAGAAAGCCAGCAUGCGGACUCAGGAUCAACUAGAAAUGCAGAGCUGAAGAAGAAGCGAUAUCAAAGAAAGAGAAGCCACAAUCAGAAACUAAACAACACUCCUUUGUCAGAGAGACAGAGUCAGACAGACACAACGAAUGUACAGUGUGAUAUCUGUGGAAAAACCUUCCAGCAAAAAUCUCACUUGACAAGACAUCUGAGAAGCCACACAGGGGAGAAACCAUAUUCUUGUAGUACCUGUGGGAAAACAUUUACUGACAUGUCAGCAUCCAUAAGGCACAUGAAAAGUCACACAAAUAAGAAACAGUUUCCUUGUAUCACCUGUGGUAAAGUAUUCGGUCAUAAAGCAGAUUUGGAGCGUCAUAUAAGAAUUCAUACAGGGGAGAAACCGUAUGUUUGUAGCACAUGUGGGAAAAGAUUUAGUGACGCAUCUUCAUUCAUAAGACAUGUGCGUAUUCACACCGGGGAGAAGCCAUAUUCUUGUGGCACCUGUGGGAAAAGAUUCAAUCAGACGGGGAACUUAAAGACACACAUGAGAAUUUAUGAUCAUUGAAAGUUUCAAAAUACAGAAUUGGCCAGCAGGUGACACUGUGAAAAUGGCCUUCAGAUUGUUACAAAACCUCACUCAGAUGUUACUUUUAAUAAACCUGAUUUUUGUUUCUGGCAAAAUUCUUUUUUCAUAAAAGUAAAUUCAGUAAUAAACCCCUUCUUUUGUAGUAUUUAGAAAGGAUAUGGAGAAUUAUUUUAAAUUGUUUGUUGAUUCAACAAAUCAAAAGGCUAUCAAAACUUUAACCCCUUAACUGGCAAGGGCCCGC